AUGUCCCUGUUGAUACGCGCGUCGCAGAUCACUCCUCUAGCCACGAAGAUAGCGGCCUCCUCCUAUCGUCUUCCGGUGGCUUGGACGCAACGUGCGAACUCAGCUGCUACUUUCGCUACGACUGUGCAGAAGAGAGGAGUGCCCUUGCUAUUCACACCAGGGCCGCUGACCACCACUGCGAGGGUUAAAGAGGCGAUGUUGGUCGACUUGGGCAGUAGAGAUACAAGGUUCAUGAAUGUCCUUGCCAAUAUUCGGAGCGGUUUAUUAGCUCUAGGAGGCGUAUCACAGGAGGAGGGCUAUGAAUGCGUUAUAGUGCAAGGAGCUGGCUCACACGGUAUAGAGGCUGUCUUGGGCACCAGUGUACCGAGGAAAGGGGGCAAGUUGCUCAUUCUCUCGAAUGGAGCAUACGGCAUGAGGCAGGCCCAGAUAUGUGAGUACCUCGGAAUCGAGUAUAACCUGAUAGAUUUCACCGAUCGGAAGCCUGUUGACGUUACUGCACUAGAGCAAGCUCUUGCCGAGGACUCCUCCUUCACGCAUGUUGGUAUGGUUCAUCAUGAAACCACCGCUGGUGUAAUUAAUGACGUCAAGAGUGUCGGGCAGUUUUUGGCUAGCGAGUAUCCCAAGGUUGAGCUCGUCGUUGACGCUAUGUCAAGCAUGGGCGCCUACGAGCUUCCCUUGAAGGACUGGAAUGUCAGUUACGCUGUCUCCAGUGCCAACAAGUGUAUCGAGGGAGUUCCGGGCUUCUGCUUCGCCUUGUGUAAGCGUUCGAGUCUGCUCGCGGCUGAGGGCAAUGCAAGGAGCUUUUGUAUGGACCUCUACGCUCAGUGGAAGGGUCUUGAAACGACAGGCCAAUUUCGAUUCACUCCGCCAACCCACGUUAUUUUGGCUUUCAACGAGGCCUUGAAGGAGUGGGAAGAGGAGGGAGGCGUAGAAGGGAGGUUUGGACGAUAUAAGCAGAACUAUGAUAUUAUAUGUGCCGGUAUGGAGGAAAUGGGUUUUCAAUACUACGUUGAGUCGCAAUGGAGGGGAGUUAUCAUCACAACCUUCAUGCAACCAGCUCACGUGCCAGGUUGGGACUUUGAUAGGUUCUACAGAUUCCUCGGUGAUAGAGGUUUGGUUAUAUACCCGGGCAAGCUGGCUAGCGGUCUGUCGUUCAGACUCGGGACCAUUGGGAGGAUAUCUCCGGACGACUGUCGUGAUUUGAUCGACGCAAUAAGAGACGCCCUGAGGGAUAUGGACAUCUCUACCCCUAUCCCACCGCCGUUGACCUCCUCUUCGUGA